GCACUCGGGCCUCGGCUCCUCAGGCACAGCGCUCGCAGCUGCACGUCCCGCGCCGCCGGGCGCCGUGGCGGCCAGCGCUGUACGCGAGCAGAGGCAGCAGCCAGAAGAGGACCCGCGGGCGCCGAGGUUUCGUCAUCAUUCAUAGAAAAAUGGAUCAUUUAAGCCUUUGGAGGACUCAAUUCUCACGAUGCUUCUAUACUACCAGCUAAGAUUCAUGACAGUAUAUUUAUGACCAUAAGUGUCUGCAUCAUAGAACUGCUGAGGAACUGAAAAAGAAUAUUCUUUAUUCUUCUUAAAAUUUAUUCCUAAAAAUAAUCCUAUAGUAUCAUGAUAUUACUAAAUAAAACUAAAAACCACAAUUAUUAAAUUAUUAGACUUCCUAAUAUCAGCACACAUGUGCAACAGCUACUGUAUCCUGACAGUUAUCAAACCUCAAAUUUAGAUGGUUUCCCUUUGUGGGAAAGGUCAUUGUAUUAGCAAGAAACCACUGAACACUGUCAUCAACUAUAUUUUCAGUGGAGUGUCAUUUAGGAGCGUUUACUUGAAACAAGUUCUAGAAAAGUCCACACCCCAUCCAUAACUACGUGGAUUUGAUAUUAUGGCAGCAACUUACAGACUUGUGGUUAGUACUGUGAACCACUACAGCAGUGUGGUGAUAGACCGGCGUUUUGAGCAAGCUAUACAUUAUUGCACUGGAACCUGCCACACCUUCGCACAUGGAGUGGACUGCAUUGUGGUACAUCACAGUGUUUGCGCAGACCUCUUGCACAUCCCUGUGUCUCAGUUCAAAGAUGCAGACCUGGACUCUAUGUUUCUCCCCCAUGAAAAUGGGUUUUCCUCAGCUGAAGGUGACUAUCCCCAUCAGGCCCUCACGGGAAUACCCAGGGUCAAGAAAGGAUCUGCAUUUCAGAACACCUGUAACUUAAAGGACAUUGCAGGAGAAGCAAUCAGUUUUGCCAGUGGAAAAAUAAAAGAAUUUUCCUUUGAAAAACUCAAAAACUCUAACCAUGCAGCUUAUAAAAAGGGAAGGAAAGUUAAGUCUGACUCUUUUAAUAGGAGGUCAGUUGAUCUUGACUUGCUCUGUGGCCAUUAUAACAAUGAUGGGAAUUCCCCAUCCUUUGGUUUACUCCGGAGUUCCUCAGUUGAGGAAAAAUCUUUAUCCCAUAGAAACUCACUCGACAUGAACCUGACUUCAAUGCUUCUGCACAACUUCUCUGAAGAAGAUCUGGUUACCCAGAUUUUAGAAAAACAUAAAAUAGAUAAUUUUUCUUCUGGAACAGACAUAAAGAUAUGCUUAGACAUCUUGCUAAAAUGCUCUGAGGAUUUGAAAAAAUGUACAGACAUCAUAAAACAAUGUAUAAAGAAAAAGUCAGGGAGUAGCAUCAAAGAAGGAAAUGAUAAUGAUGCAAUUUCUAGCUCUGAAUCUGUCUAUAUGAAUGUAAUGACCAGGUUAGCAUCCUAUCUGAAAAAGCUACCAUUUGAAUUCAUGCAGUCUGGGACAAAUGAAGCUAUAGAUUUAACAGAACUGAUCAGUAAUAUGCCUAGUUUACAACUGACUCCUUUCUCCCCAGUAUUUGUCACUGAACAGCCCCCUAAGUAUGAAGAUGUUGUCCAGCUCUCAGCCCCUGACUCUGGACAGUUUCAAACUAUAGAACUGCAAGAUGACAAGCACAGUUCUAGGAAAACAGACACUGUAAAAUCCAUUCCAAACAACUCCACAAAUUCCUUAUACAAUUUAGGGAUAAGUGAUCCCAGAACUCUAAAAGAUGUCCAGCUUCAAUCACAGCCUUCACCCAUGAGCCCUUUAGAAAAUGUUUCUUCUGGUGAUUUAAUGGAAACUCUUUAUAUUGAAGAAGAGACCGAUGGAAAGAAAGCAUUAGAUAAAGGACAGAGGACAGAAGAUGGACCCAGUCAGGAUUUGUUAAAGAUAAAUGAAGAUAGAGCAGAGUUUUCAGACUGUGGUACUCAUCUUAAAAAAUGUCCUGCCUCAAUGCAAAAUGAAAUUGGUAAGAUAUUUGAGAAACCAGUUGUCAGUCUACCUGGGGAAGGUCUUAAAUCGGAAGUUUCUAAAGUUGGAAACCACAGAGAUUUUAUGAAUCCUAACAGUCAAGAAGAGAUAGAUAAAUUGUUAAUGGAUUUGGAAUCCUUCUCACAGAAAAUGGAGACCUCUCUAAGAGAGCCGCUUGCCAAAGAUAAAAGCUCUAACUCCCUAAAUAGUCAUAGUCAGCUGACUGGUCAGCUCCCUCUAGAUCUUGACCCUAAAUCUAAAGUUUCUUCACCCACGGAGAAAGCCCCACCUUCCUGUCUAACCAGGAUUAUUGAAACCAAUGGCCACAAAAUAGAGGAAGAGGAUCGAGCCCUCUUACUGCGAAUUCUAGAAAGCAUUGAAGACUUUGCUCAAGAACUGGUUGAGUGCAAAUCAGGCAGGGGGAGCCUGUCACAAGAAAAAGAAAUGAUGCAAAUUCUACAGGAAACCUUGACAACUUCCCCCCAGUCCAAUCUAUCAGUCUGUAGAAGUCCUGUUGGUGAUAAAGCCAAAGAUGCUACUUCAGUGGUUUUGAUUCAGCAGACCCCAGAGGUGAUCAAGAUUCAGAAUAAGCCAGAAAAGAAACCUGGAACACCACUUCCACCUCCAGCCACCUUUCCAAGUAGUCCUCGACCUCUCUCCCCUGUUCCUCAUGUGAAUAAUGUUGUGAAUGCAGCAUUAUCCAUAAACAUUCCACGGUUCUACUUUCCUGAAGGACUCCCUGAUGCCUGCAGUAAUCACGAACAGACUCUAAGCAGAAUUGAAUCUGCUUUCAUGGAGAUUGAAGAUCAGAAAGCAGACAUUUUUGAAAUGGGAAAAAUUGCAAAGGUCUGUGGCUGCCCUCUGUAUUGGAAAGCCCCCAUGUUCAGGGCCGCAGGGGGAGAGAGGACAGGAUUUGUGUCAACACAGUCAUUCAUCGCCAUGUGGAGAAAGUUGCUGAGUAACCAUCACGAUGAUGCCUCUAAGUUUAUCUGUCUUCUAGCAAGGCCAGGCUGCAGCUCUCUAGAACAGGACGAUUUUAUUCCUUUACUUCAGGAUGUGGUUGAUACACAUCCUGGCCUCACGUUCCUGAAAGAUGCUCCAGAAUUCCACUCCCGCUACAUCACCACGGUUAUUCAGAGAAUAUUCUACACAGUCAACAGAUCUUGGAGUGGAAAAAUUACUUCUACAGAGAUAAGAAAAAGCAACUUUCUGCAAACUCUAGCCCUUUUGGAAGAAGAGGAAGAUAUAAACCAAAUCACAGAUUACUUCUCCUAUGAACAUUUCUAUGUUAUUUAUUGUAAAUUCUGGGAACUAGAUAGUGAUCAUGACCUCUACAUCAGCCAGGCCGAUCUAUCUCGAUACAAUGACCAGGCUUCAUCAAACAGGAUUAUUGAAAGGAUAUUCUCUGGGGCAGUAACAAGGGGAAAAACAGUACAGAAGGAGGGAAGAAUGAGCUAUGCAGAUUUUGUUUGGUUUCUCAUCUCUGAGGAAGAUAAAAGGAACCCCACCAGCAUUGAAUAUUGGUUCCGCUGCAUGGACGUGGAUGGGGAUGGUGUACUCUCCAUGUACGAGCUGGAAUACUUCUACGAGGAACAGUGUGAACGGAUGGAAGCCAUGGGCAUUGAGCCCUUGCCAUUCCAUGACUUGCUGUGCCAGAUGCUUGACCUGGUCAAGCCAGCCAGUGAUGGCAAAAUAACUCUACGAGACCUGAAGAGAUGCAGAAUGGCUCACAUCUUUUAUGACACUUUCUUUAACCUGGAGAAAUACUUAGACCAUGAACAGAGAGAUCCCUUUGCUGUCCAGAAGGAUGUUGAGAAUGAUGGUCCUGAGCCUUCCGACUGGGACAGGUUUGCUGCUGAGGAAUAUGAGACCCUUGUAGCAGAGGAGUCUGCCCAAGCACAGUUCCAGGAAGGCUCCUUUGAAGAUUAUGAAACAGAGGACCCUGCCUCUCCCUCUGAAACUGGAAACAAAGGCAAUAAAAUUGUAACAUCAAGCCUUUCAGAGAAAUGUGGAAAGCUUCAGUCAGUAGAUGAAGAAUAGCUGCCAUGUCCACGUGAAAGGGAGACAAGUAAUUUAAUGUUUUUUUGUGAAGAAAUGCCCUAGUUUGCAUAUUGCUUUUUAAUGGCUUUGAUUUCUACAAGUGUGUAUCUGCACUAGGAACUUUUAAAUGUUUUUGAGCAAUAGCUCUGGAUACACAUACCCAAUUUGGGACUCCUACAACUUGCCUCAAAUCUCUUACAGAGCUUUUCCUCAGAAGCAGAUAGAUAUACAUCACCUUCCAAAGUCUGUGAAUCAGCACUCUUCACCCCUGAAUGUACCAAGGAUCUAUUGGGGAAAGUGCCAAGCCACAGUUCUCUGCACAAAAGCAGGAGUUGCCUCUGUUGUCCAGCUUCCGUGAGGCCCAUCAGGGCUCCUAUGGAGCUCAGAAGAAAACUGUCACUUGAGUCAAAAAAUUCUUGAACUUGAAAAGGCAGUCGGGGCCUCCAGAACUGAAUUAGCCCUGGUAAUAAAAGCACUGCCAAAACAUCUCAGAGAUUUUAAAUUAUAUGCGUACUGGAGUUCAAAGAUCUUGAACUUUCUUGGUAAUUUCACAAUGACCUGCCAAAACUGCUAGUCACUUUACAUCCUCAGGUAUUGUAACCACUGGGCUUUCCAGCCUUGCUAGCAAGCCCUAAAUAAUCCCUCUCCGUGCAGUGGAUCUUGUAUAAAAUCUGAAGAAAAAUUUAAUUGAAGAUAAGUAGGGAAUCUGACUCAUACUUGGAAAAUGUUUCCCUUUAACUCAUCUAACAUUUGUAGAGAAUUAUUGAAUGACUUAUUAAUCUCCAAAUUAGUUUAUGUCCCAUCUAUACUGCCUAUCAGAAGGCCUACUUGAAGACUUAAUUAUAUAUGAAAAUUCUUAUUAGACAUAUUCCUUUCACCACAGGCCAAUAGUAAACACCUCAAUCCAAACAUUAUUUCUUACUUCAUGUUGAAAAGAAACUAUUCCAAAUACUGCAUCCACUAUCAGGAUUUAUUAUAAAGAUAGAUGAUGCCACCUAUAAAAAGAAAAGCGAUUUCAAUUUCAUGUUUACUAUAGUGGCAGAUGUGGUCACUACAGAAUACUACUUUUUUCAGCAAGCCACAAUGCAGCCAAAUCCCUCAAUAUCUUUGAAGAUAAAAUUGAAGUAUUGUAACAGAUGGAAAUUUCUGAUGAUACAUGUAAAAGAAACCCCCAGAAAGCCUUUUAAUAUCCACCUCUGUCAAAGUUAUCAAGUUUUCCUAUGAAUUUUUUUUGUCUCAACCACAAAGCCCUGAAUGUCAGAAUAGCUCCCCUUCCACCCCACACUGGUUCCCUUUGCUGGUGUGAAGGCCAAACUUUGAAAUAAACCUUGGGCUAAAGCAAAAAGUGGAGAGAAGGAGAAUUUAGGAAAUGCACCAUCAACUAAUAGAGGUAUUAACAGAUUUAGCAAUUCCUGUCAGUAUCCUCCCAGUUUAUUUUACCUUCAUGAUCAGAACUGAUCUUCCACUUAACUGUUACAGAAAGCAAUAAGUACUAAAACCUAAGUUUCUAACAAUUCACAAAGAAAUAGCGUAGAAGUGACUAAAUUUUUAGGAAAGUACAUACAAUAACCUAAACACAUUGGUAAAUUAUUAAAAGUAUUUAUGUGGUACAUGAAAUUGACUAUCUCAUCCAACUUUUACCAGGGAACAAAAGCAAUUUUAAAUUUUCAGAUAAAAAUACUAAAAAGGUAAUUUUUUUAGAAGCCAGAUAUGAUUUAAAAGUUUUAUUAGCCGUAUGAUCUAAACUACUUCUAAUAAAAGAGUCAAUGUAGAAAAAUUAACUAUAUCUAAGACUCAACAAAAUUGUUUUCCAAUAUAUAUCCGGUUGUUUUUUUUUUUUAACUACAUAGCUGUACUUCACCUUGUUUCUCCUUAUUGAGUUAAGUCCUUGCUUUCACUUUUGUCACUAUUUGGUUUCAAAAGUCUGUAAUUAUAAAAGUACAGCUACCAAUACCAUUCCAUUUAAGAUAGGGCUUUCAAUUUAGGUUACCCAAAAUAUCACAUUUUCAGACAUAAUAUGUUUCACUGUACCCCUUCUUAGAACUGAAUGUUAAAGAGAUGUGAAUUCUGAGGAACUGAGAUAGUACAUAUUCGACUUUCUGGUAAAGAUCAAGUGGGAUAUAAUCAUUACGGCCCAAAUGGAAAUUUCAAGUUAUAAUAUCCCAGGCUUCUUGACAAACGUUGAAGGUUAUCAUCUUAAUGCUAGUCAAUGAAGAAUAACUUUCAUGGCAAAAUAUUUUAAUUGCCAAGGUAAUUAAUAAAAUUGUGUAUUUUCCCUGCAUCUUAUCUAAGUCAUUGUGUACUGUUCAAAGUGUUUAUAAAAUUCUAGAUUGAUCAAAUGAGCUAAGUCAUUUGCUCAACUUUUGGAAAUGUUAUGUGUGUUUGGGUGGAGAAGCCUGCAUGAUUUAACUUUUUUCGUUUUUCCCUUUUUGCAGAACUAAAUAAAGACAAGUGUCAAAUAUGAA